CUUUGAAUGCCUUUGCGAUGAAGCCACGAUGGCCCAAUCAACUCAAAGUUGCUUGAUUUUCGACUUCAUGGAAACCAAAAUUCGAUGACACCUUUGGGUGUCGCUCUCGCUUGUGUAUGUCAUUUCAUUCUAAUUUGCUAUGUAUUCGCAGCAAGGCCAAGUGUAUUUCAAUCAGUGUUGCUCACAGAGGAUCCAGCCGCAACGAAUGGAUCACAGGAUGAGGAUUUGGAAGAUCUCAGCAAACUGGUUGGACAUGAAGAUGAUUCGCCAUAUUACAAAUUUGAAGAACCUUUUCCGAUGGUGGCUGGACGACCACGGGCAGAGGACAAAGAGCCUUUGCUUGGAAAGAUGCAAAAGUCGCGGCCAAUGAAUGAGGACUUGCGACACAAUGACCUUGAAGAACCUUCUGCAGAAUCAGUCGGACGGCCACUGGCGGAGGACAAAGUGCCUCCGUCUAUGACUAUGCAAGGGAAGGCGCAGGCAAUGAAUGAUGAGAAGGAAGCGAGGAAGAUUGGCAGCUGCCAGGAGGGCAUGCUAAAAUUGGAUGGAGCACAGUACCAUGUACCAGAGGAAGGAGCUGAUUUCGGAGAGAGCUGCACACUGAAAGGAGCAGCUGGCACCAGGAUUCAGUUGGAUGGCCCCAUUGUGGGCCAGAAUCUCACCCUCGAUGGCAACCUGGAGUUGUAUGCCACGAGACCAUUCGACAAGGCGUGCCUUGUCUUGAGUGACACCCUCUCUGUGUUGGGCACCGUGGUCAUUCAGAACUGCUCCAACUCGGACGAGAAGGAGAAUGGCGGUGGUGGACAGGCGCGUGGGUUGCGUAUUGCUCCCAUGGGCAGCCUCACCUUAUUGAACUGCUCGGCCAAGGGUUCUGGUGGAGGCUUUGCUUGCUAUGACAAGGGCCUCCAGUUGGACGGAGCACUUCGUUUCCACCAGUGCACUGCGGAAGUGCUGGGUGGCGGCCUCAUGGUGAGGUCGGGGACAUUGAUGCAACAGCAAGGACGCCUGGAGUUCGCGCAUUGCUUGGUGCAGCAAGAGGUUCGUUCUGACAAGCAUUGGUGGGCAAGCAGAUUGGAACCAAGUGGAGCUGGAGGGGCUUUGUCCAUAGAAGAUGGGAACCUCACCCUGUCCCGGGGGGAGAUCAUCGUCGAGAACUGCAUGGCAAAGAGAGGUGGAGGCAUCGCCUUGAAUGGCAGCUACUUUACGCAGGCAAGUGGGAAGCUGCAGAUGGUGGAUUGCGAGGCUGAAGAGGAUGGCGGUGGCUUAUUUUUGCACAAGAGCUACGUUACCAAGCAUGCCGGCCUCCUCCUUUCCAAGAGGUGCAUAGCCAAGUUUGGAGGAGGUGUAGCAAGUCUUGAUGGACAGGUUCGCCAACAUGGUGGACAGAUUUCCUUUGAUCAGUGUGAAGCAGUUGAGGGUGGCGGAUUGGCAUCUUGGAAUGGCGAUGUUGUUCUGAAGGGCAGGGUGAUCGCUGAACAUUGCGCGGCCAGCAAUCAAGGAGGGGGGUUUUAUGUACAAGGCCACAUUGCACAGGAGGGUGGCUAUGUUGCAUUUCAUCAAUGUUCGGCUGAGAAAGCUGGUGGCGGCAUCUUCCUACACGGCACCUUGUCCCAGAUGGAUGGCGAAUUGAGGCUCAACGAAUGCAAGUCCUCUCACAGAAGCAAAAGCAGCCGCCUCAGCGAUCAAAGCCCUACAUAUGGAGGAGGUGUGUGGGUGCAAGAUGGUGACAUCAAACAGCAUGGUGGAACGAUGUCCUUUUUGGGCUGCAGUGCUUCUGGCUAUGGAGGUGGGCUUGGAGUGACUGCUGGCAGCAUAAAGCAAAUGGGUGGACAGAUACGACUUGACGCUUGUGAGGCAAAAUGGUCUGGUGGCGGAAUUUAUCUCCAAGGCAAUUUGUCUCAGCUUGAUGGCACAAUGAACCUGAAGGGUUGCCAUUCCCGGCAGGAGGAGAAGAAUACCGAAAGGGGUGGAGGAGGUGUGUGGGUGGAGUCAGGUGAAGUGCAUCAGCAAGGUGGAGCCAUGUCGUUCAGCAACUGCACUGCUGCUGGAUUUGGAGGUGGCCUUGGAGUGGCCGCGGGAAACAUUAGACAAGGAGGUGGGCAUUUAGACUUGGAGGAUUGUGGUGCUGGACGGUCUGGCGGUGGAGUUUAUGUCAAGGGCAGUGUCUUUCAGACAACUGGACUUUUGCAUGUUUCCAGGUGCGUUUGUGAAAAUGGUGGAGGUGGCAUGUUGGUCAGAGAAGGUGAUGUGAAUCAGGAUGGAGGAAGCAUGUCAUUUGCAAGUUGUAUGAGUGAGAACUAUGGAGGCGGCCUGGCUGUGGCUGGUGGAAGCAUCAAGCAGCAGGGCGGACGCCAAGAAUUUAAUCGCUGCGCUGCUGGCGAAGCAGGUGGUGGCAUGUUUGUCAACCUUGGCAAUGUCUCCCAGACCGAUGGCACUGUGACAUUCAACGGAUGCAAGGGUGAUUUUGGCGGAGGAGGUGCAUGGGUCCAAUCAGGUGAGGUGCAUCAGCAAGGCGGAGGUAUGUCAUUCACCAACUGCACCGCUCCCUUUGGCUAUGGAGGUGGCCUCAGAGUGUUCGAAGGACACAUCCGACAAGAAGGUGGGCGUUUAGACUUGCAUCGUUGUGUGGCGAAAGAGUAUGGUGGUGGAAUCCAUGUGAAUGGCAGUGUGUCUCAGACCAACGGCCUCCUGCAAUUCUCCAGGUGCUCUGCCUCAAGCGGAGGUGGCAUGGCUGUAUAUCCCGGUGAUGUGAAUCAGCAGAAUGGAAGCAUGUCAUUCACUGAUUGUCAGGGGACUGAAUUGGGAGGUGGCCUUCUGGUGGCUGAUGGAAGCGUCACACAACGGGGCGGACGCCUUGAAUUUGAGGGUUGCAGGGCGCCUGCAAUAGCAGGUGGGGGCAUCUUGGUCCUCAAAGGUGAUGUAUCCCAGUUUGAUGGCACCAUGACAUUCACUGACUGCAGCUCCGGACCUGAAGGUGGAGGAGGUCUUAGUGUGCACAUGGGUGAUGUAAAUCAGCAGGGUGGGAGUAUGACCUUUUCGAAGUGCCAUGCUUCUGGCUACGGGGGUUGUCUUGCACUGCUGGUUGGGAGCAUCAAACAACUGGCUGGGCACAUGCACUUUGAAGAUUGCGACGCCAAACGGUCCGGCGGCGGAAUCUAUGUCAAAGGCAAGGGGUUCCAGACCAACGGCACGAUGAGCCUCACAAGGUGUCGGUCCUUGCAAAAGCAGAAAGUUGCCAGCAAUGAAGCUAUUUGGGGCGGAGGUGGUGUAUGGUUGGAAUCUGGUGACAUGCAUCAGCAAGGCGGAGCCAUUUCAAUGACCACUUGCAGUGCCGCUUCUGGCUGGGGCGGUGGUCUCGGAGUGGCCCUGGGGAACAUCAAGCAAUCAAGUGGGCUUCUGGAACUGGAUGGAUGUGUUGCCAGACAGUCUGGCGGUGGAAUUUAUGUCAAGGGCAAUUUGUCGCAGGUUGAUGGCACAAUGAACCUCAAGGGUUGCCUCUCCAAUCGGGUGGCGGGUGUAGGCAACGGAGUUGCUCGGGGUGGAGGAGGAGGUGUGUGGGUGGAUUUGGGAGAAGUGCAUCAGGAUGGUGGAGCUAUUUGGAUUACUAAGUGCAGUGCUGCUGGUGCCUAUGGGGGUGGCCUCGGCGUGGGUGCGGGAAGCUUCCAACAAAAGAGUGGGCGGCUAGAACUGCAUGGUUGCGAGGCCGGACAGUCCGGCGGUGGAAUGUAUGUCAAGAGCUAUUUGUCCCAGGUUGGUGGGACCAUGAACAUCAGGAAUUGCAAAUCCAUGCAAGGGUGGGGCGCCGACAAAAAUAGCGUUUGGGGCGGGGGAGGUGUGUGGGUGGAAUUAGGUGAGGUGCAUCAAUACGGUGGAGCUAUUUCAUUCACCAAGUGUCGGGCCAUUUUGGGCUACGGAGGUGGCCUGGGAGUGGCCGCAGGAACAAUCAAACAACUGGCUGGACACCUGCAGUUUAAAGAAUGUGAGGCCAAACGGUCUGGCGGUGGAAUUUACCUCAAGGGCAGUUUGUUCCAGGUUGAGGGCACGAUGGGGCUCCAUGCUUGCAAGUCCUUGACAAAGCAAAAGGGUGCCGGCGAUGAAAGUGCUUGGGGCGGAGGAGGUGUGUGGGUGGAAUCAGGUGAAGUGCAACAGGAUGGUGGAGCUAUUUCAUUCACCAAGUGUAGUGCUGCUGGCCCUGGAGGUGGUCUUGCGAUCGCAGGAAAUAUCAAACAAAGGGAUGGGCUUCUACAGUUCAAUGGUUGCAAUUCCACCGAUUCUGGUGGUGGAAUAUAUGUUUGGGGCAGCUUGUCCCAGACUAAUGGCACUUUGGAGCUGAAGACAUGCUCAAGCCAACAAGACGGAGGUGGUGUGAGUGUGCACAAUGGUGAUGUAAAUCAGGAUGCUGGACAUAUAAGCUUCACCAAAUGCAGCUCCGCUUCGGGGGGUGGCCUUGCCGUGACUCAUGGACAAGUCGAAAGAAAGGGCGGCCUGCUGGACUUCAAUGAUUGCCAAGCCGAUGAGAGUGGCGGAUGUCUCAACAUUCAAGGGGGCCUUUUUCAAAGGGAUGGCUCCAUGAGGUUUGAGAAUUGCACGUCUACGUCUCCCUACGGCUACGGUGGUGCAAUCAAUAUUGAAGGUGGCGGAUUCUUCCAAAUGAAUGGUUCGUCUGAAUUUUACAAAUGCUUUGCACAUAGUGGCGGAGGUGGCAUUUCUAUCGGCAGAGGCAAAGGACUUCAGCUCCAUGAUGGUUUGAUGUUCUUCAAGCAGUGCCAGACAAGGUCACUUGGUGGCGGCCUCUACAUGCAGGGUGUUGGUGCGCGUGUGCAUGGGAAGUUGAGGUUUGUUGAGUGCGAAUCUUACAAGGCAGGUGGUGGAAUGUAUGUGGAUCUUGCAAAGGAAAGUUUUACAUUGACUGGUACCAUGCAGUUUGAGCAGUGCAAGACGCUGGGUUGGAAGCUAGAGUUGGGUAUGGGUGGUGGAGGUGGGCUUUUUCUUGGCAACGGUAAGUUCAUCCAAGCAAGUGGCAAGAUGAAGUUUAAUGAUUGCACAGCUUGGCCUUCCGGGGGUGGUAUGUUUCUCACCCGUGUCGACCUCACUGCGAAUGGCGAGACGCACUUCAACAGAUGCAUGGCGAAGUCCGAUGUAGGCGCCACGACCAGUGGUGGAGGACUAUUCUUUCGCAAAGGUCGAAUCGUCCAAGCAGGUGGAACAAUGUCGUUUGACCGGUGCGAAGCAUCACAAGGAGGUGGCGCAGCGCUUUCCCAUGCAAACUGGGCACACCAAGCUGGCAACUUGCACGCGUUGGAUUGCCAGGCGAGGGAAGGUGGUGGGUUUCAUGUGGCCCAGUCAACUAUGGAACAGCUUGGAGGAACAAUGUUCUUCAAGCGCUGUAAUGCUACAAAAGACGGCGGCUGCAUUGAGACGGUGAGAUCUUCUUUCAAUCAACUGGAGGAAGGCACUUUACGGUUUGAAGAGUGCAACGCGACCAGAAUUGGCGGUGCCUUUGCCAGUUUCGAUCACAAGCAGUUGGUGUCCAAUGGAACCAUGUUCUUCGAUUCUUGCAUGGCCCGGGAGAAGUCUGCAAUGUACGUUGAGGGGGACGCCGCUCUGGGACACGUGAUUUGUCAAGAUUUCAAUCCCCGUGCAUCUUCGGUGAUCUAUGUGGUAGGUAGCCUUCAAGUUCACAGCAUGCAACUUCAGAAUCGCCACACGGACGUGAGUUUCCGAGUUCAUGCAACCAAAAGCCUCCGCGUGAAGGAAGCGGUGGACUGCAGUGAUACUCGGAAGCGGUGCUUGUUUGAGUCGUUUGCCAGCAGCUCAGCGCAUCUCUUAUGCCCACCUGGCACAGGCCUCGUGCGCGAUGACAUUGGCAACAAACAGUUUGUAGGUUGCUUGCCUUGUCCGCCUGGCAGCACACAAUUAGUGCAGCGGGCCACUCGUGAAUGUGCUCCAUGCAGGAGCGAGUUUGAGUCCUGCAACCGUGACCGAGUGAAGAUGAAACAAGGUCUCAUGAGUGAAGAGGUGGAGAACGUCACAGCCAGCAACUUGCACGUUCAUCAUUGUCCAAAUCCUCACGCUUGUCCUGGUGGCCAAGUUCCCCAAAAUAGAUUUGGCAAGCAAAUGUGCAAAGUGGGGCAUGUUGGUAAUGGUUGUUUGAUGUGCAAUGCCUCUACACACGCAGCCUUUGAUUCGGAUGCUUUGUCGUGCACCAGAUGCGCAACAAGCCAACUCAGACAGUUCACACAGUUUGGCUACAUGAUCUUCAGAGACCUUGGCAUCUUUUUGAUUGCUUAUCGAGGCGGCCUUAAAGCAGCGGAGCAAAAGGAUGCCAAGACCAGCAGCAUUCUUCUCAAUCAGCUCUUGGCCUUUGGCGCUGUUGCAAACAUUGGGGUCGUGGCAGCGUUGAAUACUGGUGUAGCACAAGCCGUGAGAGACCGCGUUGGGAUGUCGAUAUCAGAUCUCAUGCAUGCCUUGGUCUUGGAGUCUCAGUGGAAUCCGGGAGAGUCCUCUGGCAGUAUGUCCGCGCAAUGCUUGCUGACAUACAUCGGGCUGCCACCGGAAAUGUGGAUCGCGCACGUCUUUGCAUCCAUAGUCCCUUUCACAUUAAUUCUGGUCUUUGGACUUGCUCACGACCCUGCGUUGGCGCUGAUCGCGGGCAGCAACUGUUUUCUGCCGGCUUUUUGCGCGAACUUCGCCAAGUAUGUCGUCUACUUCCGCACUGAGAUCAUCCAACCGCUUGGAGAGGAUGGAAAAGAAGUGCUUGGCGACCCCAGGUACGAGUUCUUACCGAAGUUCUUGCAGCCUUUGCCCAUCUUCAGCCUGACGCUAUUCUGCAUUUUGGUUCUCCUUUGCUUCAUUAUCGCCGCCACCACUUGGACCAGAGCAGCCCGUUCGACCACCACGCCUGUACCCCCUCAUGUGGCUCUUUUGACAAGGCCUUAUGAGGACCACUGCAAGUGCAUGGAAGUGGAGAGAUUGUUGCGAAAGAUGAUUUUGAAGACUCUUGCGGCAGCAUUGCCAAUUACAGCUUACCCAGUCUUGCAGCUCACAUUCGUUGGCAUCAUCAUGCUUUUCCCAUUGUGCUUAUACUCCCACCUCCUCCCGUACAAGACGAUGGAGAAAGGUACACUGAAUUGGCUCAAUUUGACCGAGAUUUUUCUGAUUUCCGCGGGAAUCAUCAUCAUCAACCUUGCCAAUUUGAUUAUUGCUAGCAAUUCGCAUUGGGCGACCACGACAGAAAGCCAGCUCCUGUUCUUCAUGCUCAUUUUGUCCUCAGCUGUGCUAAUUGGAUUGGCACUUGGCCUUCUCAUCGCCGGAUUCUUAUUCGUAGAAAUGUUCCUCGGAAAUGGAUGAAUGAUUGACCUUGGCUACCAAUGAUAUCCGAUAAGUUGUGC